AAAAUCAUUCCUUCCUCAAAACCUCCUCUGUAUUCCUACUCCUUCGAAAUCAAAAUCAAUCUCCUCCCUCUUCUCGCCGUGAAAAAUCCUCUCGCCAUUGAGCCAAUUUGCCAUUUCCGAUCCUUCAGUUCCUCGCAAGGUUAUGCAGAUAGUCAAAUCCAUGGAUCUUGGGUGCUUGGAUUUGGGUUGCAUCUCCGGGUCCAACAAGCAAAACGCCGACGAACUUAUUGAUUCUCUGAACAAAUUAGGGGAUUUUAGCGAUGGGUCUUCGGCGACAUCGUCUUCCAAAGUCGGGAAGAUGAAGUCAUCAAAAGAAACCAGUCCAUCAGCACUAAAUGCUCUUAACAAAUUUACAUUGCAAAUUAAGAAGCCUCCUCACCGUAAGAGUUCUCCAUUGAACUGGUUUCCUCGCAAAAAAGUUGACUCCUUCUUAGAAAGGAAGAUAAAGAUGCUGCAGGAAUUAGAUGGCAUGAAUUUAACUCUAGACGAGACUCUAGGUGAUUCAAAUCCACACUACUGCAGAGUUUUGAGAGAAAAAAUGGCCGCAAGAGAAGCUGCAAACAAGGCUAUGGAGGCUCGAAAAGCUGCAAUGGUGGAAGCUUCUUGGUGUCGAAUACUCAAAGCAGCCAGGAUUGAAAGCAAAGCAGCAGAAGUUGUUCUUUUGAAAGCAGAGAAAACUGCAGCAGAAGCUUUCGAAGCAGCAAUGGCCAUGGGGGUGAUCAUGUAUGAUAUACCUGACUGUCCUCAAAAGACUUGUCAAAUAGAAACAUCAUCUACAAGAGGUUUUGCUACUCAUACUGUUAAGGCAUCCUUUGAAACUGCAUUUGAGGUUUAUAAACAAGUGGCUGCAGCAGUCAAAACUGCAUUUGUUAGGCUUGCAAGUUGCCCCUCUUUUAAUAAGGAUGAAUUUAAAGAACUCUUAAAGAAAAUCAGUGAGAAUCCAGAUACUGGUGAUUGUAAUCAGGAGGUUACAGAGAUUCUGUCAGAAUGUGAAUUAGAAGCCAGGUCAGAACUUGAAACAAUUGCUCAAAUGGACGGUUUUGUUUCUCAAGGCUUGGAGCAUAAGUCACCAGUUACAGAGACUAGGCGGAAAAAAUCCAAGAGGAGGCAGUCUCUCGAGAAGUUUAACAUGGAAAAGCUCAUUGAAAUAAUGCUUGAAAGGCUUAAAUGUUUGCAAGAGGAUGAACUUUCAUCCCUUGCCACUAUAGUUGCAACUUGUGGUUUAAAUGCUGCCUUGGCAGAAGUAGAACAUACAAAGCUGCACAACCCAUAUACUGACUCUGAGUAUCCCUCUGAUUCAAAUCUUAGUUUUCCCCGAAGGAUGUCUACAGCAGGAUCCAGAACAAGAAAAACUAAUAAUGAAUACCCCAUUGAUGGUCCAAUGAGGAAAAAGCAGGUUGAGUCAGAACUCCCAAGUCUAGACAAGUUUUUGGUUAAGCACAUGACGAAGCUGGAAC